AUGAUUUUGAUCUUACCAUUCCUUACCCUUGUACCAGAACUCAAUACUGAAAUCCUCUCGAGGCUUCCAGUGAGCUUCCUCUUGCAAAUCAAGUCUGUUUCAAAAUCUUGGCUCGCUUUCAUCUCUAGCCCUGAGUUUAUCAAGGCCCAUCUUAGUAUAUCUGCUGAUAACAAGGAGUACACCAACCAUAGGCUUAUGUUGAGGUUUUAUCAACCUAAGUACAAUCUGAAGGACUGUUCUCUUAGGGCAAAAGAUUUGUGUAUAUGGAAUCCAUCAAUUAGAAAGCAUAGGAAAUUGCCUAAUUUUACAACUAAUUUUAGAGAUUGUUUCAUAUAUGGUUUUGGAUAUGAUAAGUUGCAUGGUGAUUAUAAGGUAGUAGGCUGUAUAUUUGAUAACAGUAGUUUAGAUAAAGUUGAGGUGAAAAUAUAUAGUCAAAAGAGUGAUUCUUGGAGAAGCAUCCAAAAUCUUCCGAAUGGGCUGAAAUGCUUUGGUUCGGGGCUGGAGCAUCAUUGUUUUGAUUUGACUGAUGAGAAAUGGAAAAAGGUGGAGCAGCCUUGCUAUGGAGAAAAAGAUGGUGUUUUGGUGCUGGGAGUGUUGGGAAAUAAUCUUUCUGUGAUAUGCAAUGGUAAUCGUCAAAGAACUGAUCUAGAUGUGUGGGUUAGGAAGGAGUAUGGGGUUAAACAAUCUUAG